AGUGAAUCUCUGGUGGUUUGUGAUGUUGCUGAAGACCUGGUGGAGAAACUGAGAAAAUUCCGGUUUCGUAAAGAAACCAACAAUGCUGCCAUUAUAAUGAAAAUCGACAAGGAUAAGCAGUUGGUGGUACUGGAUGAGGAGCAUGAGGGUAUUUCUCCUGAUGAGCUAAAAGAUGAGCUGCCUGAGAGACAACCUCGAUUUAUUGUGUAUAGUUACAAGUAUCAGCAUGAAGACGGAAGAGUUUCUUAUCCUUUGUGCUUUAUCUUCUCCAGUCCAGUUGGAUGUAAGCCUGAACAGCAGAUGAUGUAUGCUGGAAGCAAGAAUAAACUUGUACAGACAGCUGAACUCACUAAGGUAUUUGAAAUAAGAAACACAGAAGACCUAACUGAAGAAUGGCUGCGUGAGAAACUGGGCUUCUUCCAUUAAGAAAACCUCUGUAAUAAGUAUUUAUGUACCAUCCUGAUAAUACUGGAACCAGACGUGAAUACUUACAUCUAAAAAAUGCACUGUAUUUACAUCUGUCUCCUGCAAUAUCUCUCUUGUGCAAAGUUUGUGCAAAGAAUAGCAGGUCUGUCUCCUUGAAGUAACAAAUCUUUGCAGGUGUUUCCUUAUUUGUACCUGUUAAAAGGGAAUACUCCUCUGCAGGGACUCCUUUUGCACUCUUGUAACUAAUAUUUCUAUAACUAAAACAGUUCAGUUCUGGAUUUAUAACUAUUUCCAAACAUAAUUUGGAAGCUGACGCUAACUUUUUCUGAGCUACAAAUGCAUCCUUAUGACAUACUAGCCAUUUAUAUGCAAAAAUUGUCUACUGUCACCUACUUUUCAGAUUUUGUGAUUUAAUGUCAGUAAUGAAAACUACUCCCUGGAAGCAUUUAGUAUUAAAAAGACAAAAUCAUUGUAUAGCAAAUCUUUCCAUCGAGUCUAUGUGAAAUUUCUCAAAUUCCCGGAACUAAUUUUUGUUAUUCCAGUAAUUCCUCAGUUGAGUCAGUCUUAAGAAAUUUCAGGGCAAAGCUUUGACUGUCCAUUUCUCAUGCUAAUACAGUCUUACAGGAACUAGAUGAUAACUAAGGGCUGAAUUACAACUCUGGUUACUCUUGUACCAGAUGUCUUGCAUAUAUAACUUAUUACACUGUUAAGAAGUUUACCUCUGCUCAUCUCCUGUUAUAUGAACACGUGUUAAUACUGUGUGCCUUUAAUUUGUUAGCUUUAAAAUGACUUGAGAAUUUUACACUGCCACUUACUACAAAUUUGGUAAAAGCUUUGUUAAAGAAUCCAAGUAACAUUUUUUUCCUAGUGCCUAUUGUUGCAGCUGACAUCUGUUUAAAUAAAAAGAAGCCAACCUCAUUUUCUUUGAAAUUCCAGUCAUCUACUCCAUUUGUAGGAGUCAGGAGGUUAAAGCUUUUCAUGAUAAUGAAUGAUUUAUAUCUCUUUUGUUACAAAAGUUGGCCACACAUAGCUUUUGAGUACUUAAAUUACAGUCUCUUUCUUAACUGCUUGUUGGUCAAAAUUACAUUCCAGAUAAAGCUUUUGCAUAAGUGAUAAUUUGAUUUUUCAUUUACUUACGGUUCAUCUCUUUGAAACAGCAAAUAUUCUAAUGUGAAAAUAGUAUUUAACUUUUAUAAAUGACCAGUCUUUUUACAGGUCUGUUUUAUAUUGAAUAGAGUAGUUGUCUGACAUGGGACAUGUUAAGCCCAUGCAGUGGCAAAAGGAGUACUCAUGUGACAGUAUCUCACUAUCUUGUGUUUGUUGUGCUGCUGAAUAAGUAUCUGCAUAAGAGCAGCUUCCUGUUGAUAAUGUACCUUAAAAUACAGCUGCCCUAACAAAUCUGUUUGGUGGGAAGGAAUGCAGUGUUAAAUUUGGAGGCCAGUAUUUCAUGCUGUGAAACCUUUGCUGAAAGGAGGUUUAUUUUCAUUUGUAAACAUAUGUUGUGUUAGUGUUAAAACACUAAUUCCCCUGACAUCACAAGGAAUUAAUUUGCAAAGGUCCUCAGUGUUGGUAAAUCUCUUCUUAGUUUGAUGUUACUGCUCAUUUAUUUGUAUACAAACCUGACUUGAGAGGAGCUUUUCAAAAUACAUGUUAGAAUGAUGCAAUUAAAUUGAUCUUUCAGUUUGGAAAAGAAAUGCUUGUAACUAAAUUUCUAUGUUAAUGUAGUGAACUGGAAAAACAAUUUCACUUCCCUGGACAAAAAAAAAAUUCGAUUAUGAAACUGUUGCUUGAUCAUGGUGUACUACAGAUCAAUAAACCCCAUGCCUUUUGUGA